AUGGUUCAUCAGCACGGCGACCACCAUGACAUCCCCUCGGAGCACCGCAUCCACAAGCCAGGGGCAUGGCUCCCCGCGGACCACCGCGUCCAUCGCCAAUACCUCUCCGACGUGACACGCCACGUUGACUCCCACCCCGGGCGGGAGCUAACGCCGGCCCUCGCCGAAUUCAAGCAGCUCAUCGAGGGCAACUCCCGUGUCUACAUGUACUUUGUGCAAAUGUUCGACGAGAUCCCUCGCAGGCACCCCUACGUUCGCGAUCCCACGGGCAGCAAGCAGAUCCGCGACUACCGGCACAUGCUGCAGGUGCUGAACCACGUUGUGACACGAGCGCCCGAGUGGACUGAGGCGGCGGAGAGCGUGGGCGUGACUCCUGAAUCGGCCGAGGUCCUCGGGGACCACAAGCUGGGCUGGUUCGGAACAACUGCGAUAAGCGAUCUCGUUCAGGUCGCCAACGCGCCGUACCAGUCCGACAUGAGGUUCGAGGACAUGUUUGUGUGCGAUCCUAGCGCGAAGCAUAUGGGCUUCAAGUCCUGGGAUGACUUCUUCACCCGGCAAGUGCGUGACUCGGCGCGGCCCGUGGCCGAUGCCGACGACGACUCCGUGAUUGCCAAUGCCUGCGAAUCCAAGGUGUACAACGUCUCGCGCGACGUCAAGCUGCGCGACAAGUUCUUUGCCAAGGGCCAGCCGUACUCGCUCCUGGACAUGUUUGCCCACGACGCGCUCGCGCACGAGUUCGUCGGCGGCACAAUCUACCAGGCGUUUCUGUCGGCGCUGUCCUACCACCGCUGGCACUCGCCCGUCUCGGGCACGGUGAGGCGAGCGUUCGUCGAGGACGGCACCUACUUCAGCGAGCCGCUCUUGGAGAGAGACGGCGGCCCCAGUGUCCAGAUUGACACGAGGGGCAUCUCCGUCGCGCAGGGGUAUCUGUCCGCGCUGGCGGCGAGGGCGAUUAUCGUGCUGGAGGCGGAUAACCCCAAGAUUGGGCUGCUGGGGUUCAUCGGCAUCGGCAUGGACGAGGUGAGCACGUGUGACAUCACGGUCAAGGAGGGCCAGCACCUCACAAAGGGCGACCAGUUGGGCAUGUUUCAUUUUGGCGGGUCAAGCCAUUGUCUGGUGUUUCAGAAGGGCGUCAAGGUGGAUGGGUUUCCGGCCCUGGGCAGGCAGGAGAAUGUGCCCGUGAGGGGGAAGCUGGCUGUUGUUCAUUAG